GGCCGUGCCGUGCCUGCUCUGCUCCCCGGCCCGGGCGUCGCUCCGAGCCUCCCCCCGGCCCGCGCCGCCUCCCCGCUCUCUCCGGCCGUGUUCCCCCGCAGGUUCCCUGGGCCAGGCCCGCGGCCCCCUCGGCCCAGCCAUGUCGCUGCACGGGAAGCGGAAGGAGAUCUACAAAUAUGAGGCGCCCUGGACCGUGUACGCCAUGAACUGGAGCGUCCGGCCGGACAAGCGGUUCCGCCUGGCGCUGGGCAGCUUCGUAGAGGAGUACAACAACAAGGUGCAGCUUGUUGGUUUGGAUGAAGAGAGCUCAGAAUUCAUUUGCAGGAACACCUUUGAUCACCCAUACCCCACCACGAAGCUGAUGUGGAUCCCAGACACCAAGGGAGUCUACCCAGACCUGUUGGCCACCAGUGGUGACUACCUGCGAGUGUGGAGAGUGGGGGAAACUGAGACCCGGCUGGAGUGUUUGCUGAACAACAACAAGAACUCAGAUUUCUGUGCUCCACUGACAUCAUUUGACUGGAAUGAAGUGGAUCCUUACCUGUUAGGUACCUCUAGUAUUGACACAACCUGCACUAUUUGGGGUCUGGAGACAGGACAGGUUCUGGGAAGAGUAAAUUUGGUGUCUGGCCACGUGAAGACUCAGCUUAUUGCACAUGACAAAGAGGUGUACGACAUCGCCUUCAGCCGCGCGGGCGGCGGCCGGGACAUGUUCGCCUCGGUGGGCGCCGACGGCUCGGUCAGGAUGUUCGACCUGCGCCACCUGGAGCACAGCACCAUCAUCUACGAGGACCCCCAGCACCACCCCCUGCUGCGCCUCUGCUGGAACAAGCAGGACCCCAACUACCUGGCCACCAUGGCCAUGGACGGCAUGGAGGUUGUGAUUCUAGAUGUCAGAGUUCCCUGCACCCCUGUUGCCAGGUUAAACAACCACAGAGCAUGUGUAAAUGGAAUUGCUUGGGCACCUCACUCUUCCUGCCACAUCUGUACAGCAGCGGAUGAUCACCAGGCUCUCAUCUGGGACAUCCAGCAGAUGCCUCGUGCCAUUGAGGACCCCAUCCUGGCCUACACAGCCGAGGGAGAGAUCAACAAUGUACAGUGGGCAUCCACCCAGCCAGACUGGAUAGCCAUCUGCUACAACAACUGCCUGGAGAUCCUCAGAGUCUAACUUUGCUGCUUCAUGCACAGUGAGGCAGGGCUGUGUCAUUCCCCCUCCCCUCUCAAGUAAGAGCACCACCAGUCAAGUGGCCAGUAUCUGUUGUUGCUUUGCAUCUACUCUUGCAAGGAACUGUUACAAGAACGGAUGGCAGGGGUCUCCUGUCUCUCAAGACUCUAAAAUGCAGAGACAUGCUGAGCCUCUUGGACCUUCUGGGUUCUGGUUUUCUUGUGAAAUUCUUUUUCCCUCAGUAAAAGUUCUGUAUAUUUGUUUGUUGACUGUAUUAAUAAGCUUGCAGGCUUUUAAGUUGCUGCAUAUGUCCAUGUGUUUGUCAGCCAGCUGAGGCAGCACAUCCACCAGUUUAAUAGAUGCAGGUGCAAAACAAGGUGGGGGGGAAAAGACAAUGAUGUCAACAGCCACCUUGGCAGGAAUCUUUCUCAUUCCUGUUGUUGCUGCCUCUAAACUGUUUAAACGUUUGUAUGUUUUUUAUAUAUUGGGCUAACUUUCUAUUGAGUAAGGUUUUUCUCCCGAAUUCUUACUUUUGAUAUGUGAUCCACUUCCACAUGUCCAAAGCAGGACCUGUUCAUGGAAACAAACCACAGUAACACUGCAGGCUCCCUGGCAGUAAAGGCCUGCCAGAAUUAACUGUUGCCUUGGCUCCCUGUAUCUGGUGACCUGGGCAGAAUUUUUCUGGUGCUGUGAAGUACAAGUACUUGUUGCACAAUUUCUUUACACUUUUCUGAUGCUCAAGGCAGUUGUUACUAUGGUAGGUCUUAUUUUUAAAUUCUGAGUUUGUGUGCAUCCUGCAGUCGUGUUAGCAAGCAGAGCUAACAGGUGAUAGGUUGAGAAAGAAGAUGUGUGCAUGACGUGAGCUCCCAGGAGGUAACAACUCCUGAAAAAAUGUACUUGGAAUGGAUUUGAGAUUGGCUCUUGCAAUGAAAUGAUUUCCCCUCAGAAGACUUACCUUAUCUAAAUCAAAAUAAAAUGGUUUCACACUUUGUAGCUUGCUUGAUUGGCAAAUAAUAUGAGCAAGAUUUUGUGGUUAGGCUGUCCUUUGGAGGUUGUGUUUGGCCUGUGUUCCUGGGAGGUCUUGGAGGGAGUGCAGAGCAAUCUUUUUGUGAAGUGUAUUUGCUUUGUACUGCCAGGUCUUGUUGAAUGAACGAGACAAGUCAGAAAAGCUGGUCUGCUAUCCAAAAGAAAGCUGUUUUUUUGGAAGAAAUUACUCCCUAUUGCAAUGCACAAAGGUGGAUUUAGAAAGAAAGAAGCUGUGCCAUUGAGGCCAAGGUUUGGCAUUUGUCAUCCUCCUGAUUUGGGGGAUGUGCCAGAGGGCUUCUGUCUGGAAUAGUGGAUCAGUCUACAGUAAUACUGUUCAAUCAAAGCUGAGUGGAUUAGGCAAGAUAAAAAUGUUUGUUGAAGUCUUCCCCUAACACAGGUCCUGUGCUGAAGGCUCUGCAGUGCUCUCCAAUGAGGACAUGACAGCCAGAGCUGCUCUGGAAGGGUGUGCAGCCCAGUUUCCAUGUAAAUGUCAGAAACCAUGAAAAUUCUUUCCACCUAAUGAGUAUUCACCUGCAAUUGGAGGCAGAUUAUAAAUAGUAGGACACUGGCAAACUUACAUCUUGUCAGUUUAUGCAGGAAAGGCAAGUUGGGAAAGCAAAUGCUGUGGAACAGUGAAGCUGACACUGAGAACACUGUCAAAUACAGAACAGAAUCUGCAAAGUUUUGUCAUUCUGGACGUAGAGAAAUACUCUUCUGCAGGCUGCUUCUCACCAUGGAGCUCAGAAAAGCAUUGCCUCAGGAAUUUGAUAGGAAUUCAUUAGGGACAGAUGUAUUCCAUCACUGCUUUUGAUAGCAGAGAACCAAGAGACUAACACUGUUCAAGCUGAUGUUUUUUUUGUCAGUGACACUCUGUGUGUUCAGUUGUGAGAUUUCUGACAAAGCUUGAUUUGACUUGAAGGUCAGUUUUUCUUAUUAGCAGCAGUACUGAGAGUAGUGUGUUCCACAGACAGGUUUUAGCUAGAUGGCAGAGCAGUGUUAGCCAAACAAUUAGUUAUCCCUUCUUACAAUAGCACUUCGUCUGAAACUGGAAAAAACUUCAGUAGAAUGAAGUGAAAAUUGGGGUUUUCUUAGCAGGGGCAGCUAUGGCAUUCACAGCUUUAGGAGCCAUCUGAAAUACAUUCACAGGCUUGUCAUGCUCUGCUUAAUUACAAAUGGCAGGCAAAACGUGCUGUUACUAAGAGGGAGCUACCUGCAGUGUUAGUACUUUCCAUGUCCACUUUUUGCUUCAAAGUUUAUCCCUGUACAGAUGGCAUGAGUCAAAGGUGAAUGCUAAGAUGAUGAGAAGAGAUUUUUCAUAAAGGGACCCAUGGUCCAAAUAGCCAGGUAGAUUCUGCUUCUGUUGGAAAACAAUCCUGUUAGGGACCUGAAGAGGAUCCAGUGUCCAUGAAACUGAUGGAAGUCUAUUUGUGGAAUUGUGUACUUACUCCAAAGGCAUCAAAGGCAAGUGAAGGAAUCUUGGAGGCUCCAGUGGACUCUAAAUAAAGCCUAAAUCCUGUUUUUUUAGCCAGUUGGGAUACCUUCUGGAUCUACAGCAUAUUGCUUUGGGCAUAAUCCAUUGUCAUUCUUCACAUGAAAUUACAUUUUAAAUCACUAGAGACUGUUUUGGCACAGGGAAAUGAUACUUAAAAUAACUUCAAAUAUGUCACUUGAAAGAUUAAUGAGUGAAAAGACGUGAAAAUCCUCAUGGGUGAGAUGUUCUGUGGUGCAAAUGGCACUUUAUACAGACGAGGAAGGGAAGGACUUUGGUGCCCUUUUGCCAGCAGCUGCUGACCCAGUGGCAGGAAGGGAAUGCUCUGCUUGGUGGGCCAGGUUCAUCUGCAAGAUAAAACAAGCCCUGAGACUUGUCACUGGAGCUGUGAAUUGAAACAUACAGUUUAUCACAUUUCCCCUGCUUGACCUUCAGUUUUGUUGGCCAGCCUGAUUCUGGGACAGAAAUACUUCUGACUUAGAUACUUCUGUAUCACUUCUCCAGUUGAUUCAUUCAAGAGACUAAACUAUUGUUUGGUUAUGUUCUGUUUAAACCAAGCUUUCCACAGAUUCCUGCUGUUAUGUGGGCAGCCUGCUGACUCUCAGCCAGGAGAUGCUGAUGAUGUAAAAGUUGUUAGUGAGGUGAAAACCUCCAGUUAACAAGUUGAAUGUUGAAUUAGUGUGUAGUGUGCCAACUCUGUGAAUUGUGUAAAUGAGAGGGGCUGUGGUAGCUUGCAUCUCUGGGAAUUGUACUUGUGUGUGCAGGGAUUUUAAAAGGCAAGGAUUUGAGUGCUUUGACAAUCUAGAAAAAAACCACAGUGGUUUCAAACGAUAGGAAAGGAGACUGCUAAAACAGGUUGUUGGUAUGGAACCUUGAAAUGUAUUUAACAGGGGAAGCAUUGCCUCUCAUAAGUCAAAGUUAAUGAUCCUUUCAAAACUUAGCAGUAAUUACUGAAUGUUCUGGAUAAUAGCAAAAAGCUCUAUUUUUGCUUCGUGGUGCAAUGAGAAGCUGCCUCAGUCUCAAGUGUAGAUCAUAACCUGCCAGAGCAGGUGAGGGGAGGAGUCUGAUGCACGGAAUUCACAGAUGUUCUCAUGCUUGUUGUCAAUGGAAAUGAGGAGCUGAGUGUGUCCUUUUUGUUCUCUUGCAGAUGGCACUUUAACAAUUAUAUUUGUGGUGAGAUUAGGAGGAGAGUCAUCUUUUCCUCGGCCCUUGUAGGGUAGGCACUUGUCCAUGUUGUGUAGAAAAUGUUAAAUAACAGCCAUCACCAAAAUCCUAAACUGGGGACAUAGUGGACCCUCACUUGUUUUUACUGAAAGCCAAAAUUUUGAGCACUUGACAAAGCUGUAAAUGUUGAACUGAAGCUUCAUGUUCUGGAUCUGACACUGUCCUGUAAGGCCAGCCCAAGGGAGUCCUUUUUGUUUAGGAGCUUCACUGGUGUUUGGAAUCCUCUACCAUCAGAACGUGAUGGUGACAGUGCUGGGUUGGUUGUGUAGGGAUGUACCCGGAUUCUUUGGAUAACUUGAAUUUUGUGAGAGAAGAACUGCAGCUGCUGUCUGUAAAACACUGAACUGGCAGCUUGCUCGUGGUGCUUUAACCCUUUGCAUUCACCCUGCACAGGAAGGACAGCAGCCCAGGCCAGCUCUGGGCUCGGCACAGUUUCAGUCCCAUCCAGGUUCUGAAGGGUUGAGUUUCCCCACUGCUCGUAGCAAAGUGGUUCCACCACUGUCAUCCUGUCAGGUAACACAAAUUCUCUCUCACAUGUGUUUCCUGCUUUCUGCUCUCAGACCAAUAUUCCAGAGCCAGCCUGUACUGACUGUUCUGUAAUUGUAUGUGGCACUGAAAGAGCACUUUGUGAUGCAGCUGUACUUCCCCUGCUUACCCAGGAAGAGUCAGAAGUGUUUCAUUCUUGAGGGUAUUGAGGAGAGUUUAGGAUGCCCCUGACUCAGUUUGUUUUCUGGAAGAGAUCUCCAGAACUUCCAAUCAGCACCUUUCACCAGCAGUAAAAAGAACAGUAAUUAAAACCACAGCUAAAUCCCAGUCACUGAAGGCUCAUCUGGUGACUCAUGGCAGACACCAGAUGCAAAGGCACUUGUGAGAGUUGUUGCUGCCUGUUUCAGGUGACAAGUGUGUCUGCCAAGGAUCUCGGUGGCCUUUUGUACAGCCUCUGAUCUCAGCAUCAAGUGAGAAUUUCCAUAGUCAUAAAAAUAAUUAAAAUUAUCUCAGUGGCUUCCAUCGAGUUUGUUUCUUUUCAGGAAAUCUAACAAAAUUAAGAAAAAAAGCCAUUUCCUACAAAAUAUUGUGGCUAUAUGCAGCUGUAAACCCCUGGUCCAGCUCCUAUCCCUCGGAGUUUGUUUUCCAUGUGCAGCUCCAGCCCCCUCUCAGAGCUGAGGGUGGGUCUGUGGGAUCUUAGCAAGGCAGAAAGGCAAGAACCAGAGCAGGACAGAGUCCCAGUGCAGCUGGAAAAAGGUAUGUUGCUCUUUCUGACAACUUGGGAAAUAGGAAUUAUGAAUUCUACUAUUUAAAAAUAACCUUUUUUUAACCUUUGGGUUGCUAGCAGUGUAAAAUGUAAUUUAAAUCCAUUGUACCCAAGCAUUUUUGUUACCAGUAGCCGAGUAGGAGAUUCUCCUUUUAGGUGUGUUUUCCCUUCUGCUCUUCCCAUUCACAGUCCUGUUGUGGUAAUUUCCUGAAGGUGUAAUCUUUGUAGCAUGAUUGUACAAACAUCCAUAUGAGAUUCCUGACUUCUUGUUCUCACUAGAGUAUGUUAAAGCAAUAGUAAUUUUUCUUCUGUCCUUUUCUCCACCUGCAACUUCACUAUUUUGUCCUAGAGGAAUCCCAGUAUCCUGCUAUUCAACAGAUGUCUAUUGUUGACAUGGAUAACUGCAGUGUCCCUAUAUUCCUUUAUUUUUAUGGAGAAAAUAUAAAAGGGUUUGUUACAAUGGAUUUUAACACCUGAGUCAUGGAACCACAUUGUUGAAACUCUGUAAAUUUUAAGGCAAUUUUCUGAACUCGCUUGAAAGUGGAAUGUUGCAUCCUUUUAUGCUAUUUCCUGCUUCCUAUGUAGUUUUAUUCAGAUUUUUUAACCUUCUUUCUAAGUUUCGGCCUCCUGUGUAUUAGGUACAGUAUUUUCGGCCUUUCAUACUUUGUAAUAAAAACAGAACCUUUGUAGAUUGACUGCAGUUCACUGUGUGAUGAGUGAAAACCUGGGGGGAGCAGGGAGCUACCAAAGAACUUCAUUUCUUCCGUGUGGAGUUUGUUGCUGUAAGAGGAGGCUGAUUGCUGUGUCUCUGCAAAGCUGGUAAAGGAUAUUGAUCCCUCAUGCUACAAAUACCCAAACAGACCUGAUAAUUCCAGCUACUCUGAAAUUGCAAAUAUCCCCAGAUAAUUACACUGUUAGGAGCCCAGUCACAACAGAACUCCAACAGAAUGGUUAAUGCAGCUGUAUAUUAAAUAUUUGUUUUCUU